AUUGCACGUAUAAUCCCAUGCCCUGUAUUACGAAGAUUGAAUGCUGAGAGACCCCCCUGAGGAGGCGUCCAUUUAUUCGCAUAUCUCUCGCAACUUCGGUCAUCAGUAUCCCCGGACUCAAUCUCGAUUUAGCAGCCAACUUUUAUCAUAGCACGUGAGCAACUGUAACCUCUUACGGAGGUGAAGAAUACGUCAAUCCGGGACACCCUUGAAUCACGAUGAAACUUGCCUGCAUGCGCUGUAAGCGGAAAAAGAUCAAAUGCGACAAAAUAGAGCCGAUCUGCCAUCAAUGCAUUACCGCAAAGACAGAAUGCCAGUAUGGCGAAAGACGACAAAGAUCAAGGAUGCCACAGCAGCAUGGGUCAAUGCAACACUUAAGUGAACGACUUGAGCUGCUGGAGAGGCAGAUAAGCCGUCCUGGUACUGAAUGCUCACUUCCUACGACCUCACCGCCACACGAAUGUAACCCGCCGUUUGUGGCAACCACUGGCAUAGAUCCAGUACUCUCUCCCACAGCGUCGUUGAUGACUGGCGAUGGUCAAGAAUCAUGGGUAUACCGCAUGGUCUCGGACGUCAGGCGUAAUUUGCAGAGUCAGGAAACCCCUAUUAGUACGCCAACGCCACGGAUAGACGAUGCAAUGUUAUCUCUCAACGAAGCCCUCGACGAUUUAGGCAAGCUUCGAAUACGGACUGAUGCCCGUGAAGUUGACUCAAACCUCUCUUCUAAGGAAGUUAGGGCAAGCAUCGACGCAUUCGUCGAACUCAUGGGCAAUAUGGUCGUACCAGGAAUAUUCGCCGUAGCCAUCGAUGCCGAUCUACUCCGUGUGUUACCCGACAUCAUCAAGUCAUCGUAUGUCAAGGUAGAUCCGGGUGUGUACGUUAUGUAUUACAAUGCCUUGUAUUAUGGUCUUCAUCAAAUCCGCGGUCCCGGAGAUGCCCUUGCUCAAAGUAUGUAUCUAAAGGUGUUAGAAGCUGUACCGGCGUGGCUCGAUGCCUCAGCCAAUACAGACUUGGACGGCCAUACGGCUGCCCUAACAGCCUGGACAGCAAUCGUCAACAACGAUUAUCAGCUUUCAUGGAAGUUCCACUGCAAGUCAUGCCAUUAUAUCAAGAUUAGGGGAAUCGAUACACUAGAUGUUAUACCAGCGAAGACAUUUGAAGAGGAGGACAAAAGGGACUCCCUACGAUAUUUGUACUGGCACAUCCUGUCCACUGAUGCAUUAUAUCGCCUAAUAUACGGCAAACCUACAGUGGUUCGAUGGGCACCACACAAGAUUCGACCACCAGCUAUUCUUAGUACAGAGAACAUGCAUCCAUCCGUCUCUCGGGUUAUGGUGUCAGUGGUAUGGAUCAGGUACACACAAAUGACUGCAGAAAUGCUUAAUGAGAUUGACAACAAUCUUUCUCGCGAGCGAGACGGAGGGAUUCAGAAUAAAGUCGAUGAUUUCUGCAUACAGCUUGAGAACCUAAUGGCAGAGUGGAAGAUGGAAUCAAUCAUGAGAGACAAUGACAUGCCGCAAACUCUUCGCUAUCUCAUAGCAGAUCAUGUUAUGAACAUCUAUGCCACCAUCAUAGGAAUCAAGCGACUAAUCAAACCGGCACCAAACACAAAUCCUGUCGAUGAUAUCACACUUCGCGCAGCUCGAAAAGUUGCUCAGAUCACUAUAGAUUUCACCAUAGAUCCGGUGCCUGCGGAUACAGCUCAGUCUGUUUACUUUUACUUCAUAACCUUCUACCCGUUCUGUGCAGUAUUCUCACUGUACGAGAAUAUCUUAGCAUGUGCCAACCUUGAAGAGUGCGAACAAGACCUCCGGCUUCUGGAAAGCAUUGGCGCGACCAUGGCAGAAGCAUCUACUCUACGAACCGACUUUGUACCAUUCGCAAGAACUAUCAAUGCGUUAAACAAAGUGUUACGAACGAUUCAAGACGAGCGGCGCAAAACAGGGAGUCGAGAUGAUGCAACGGGAGAAACAGCCAAUACUAUGCCUGAGUUUGACAUGUCGGCUUUGGCAUCCUUUUCAGAGUUUCCCUCCAACCUUGAAGAGUAUAAUCAGCCAUUGGGCUUCAUUAGAGCCCUAGAGAAUGACUUUACUUCACGGAAUUGGAAUGAAGGGUGGUGGGAUGUAGGUUCUGAUCUAACUCAUACGUAGAGGUAGUAGGAGUAUCCGAUCCAGAAGAAGUUAGGUAGCACUAAUGGCACGAUGGAAUCUAGUGGUUGAGGAUGGCUCUGCGGCAGGGGCAUGGUGAAGGGGAACAUAACUACUUUCCCAUACGGGUGCUGCAUCCGAUUUAGCUGGGACCUUGUGUCUUCUAUUUUGUGAUCUACAAACAGCGCUACUGUAAUCACACAAUGUCUCACUUU